AUUAAAGUUUUAAUAAUCAAAGUGUCAUUUAUAACAGAGGUAAGGAACUUUGUUUUGUUUUAAAUGAUUUUUAAAGUGAUCAGUGUUCCUUUUGGACCCCAUCCUAUUUCCACUGAAGGCAAAACUCUCACUGAGUUCACUGGAUCACUGACUUCACCUGCAGGAUAAGGCCUUUAAUGAUGCCAUAGCUGAGACAUUAAUACAGGUUGAAUCCCUUUAAUCCUGCACUCCCUGGUCCGCUAACAUCCAUGGUCCGGCAUAGGCGACGACUCCGUGGGUGCUCCAGGGCUGGCGCCAAGCUCCCCCCUCAGUCCCCUCCCCCAGCACUGCUUGCGUACCGGCGGCCUCGCGUUACCAACUCCUCCUCCUCCCUCCCAAUGCUUCCAGAGUGCUGCGAACAGCUGAUUUGUGGCAUCCAAACUCCAGGAGGGAGCGGGAGGACCUGGGGACAGCAGCUGGGACCCUGGGCGAGGGGCCGGCGGCUGAGACCUGGGGCCGGCAUCAGAGCCCCUGGGUGGGGGCCACACUGGGCACAAAGCCUGGGGGUAAUGCAUCACCCCCUGCACCACCUCUAUUUCCUGCACCUAUGGAGACCCGCUGGGACUCUGCAUUGAGCUCCCAUGGUUCGGAAAAUUCACUGAUUCAGCACUGGUCAGGUCCCAGGGUGCCGGACUAGAGAGGUUCAACCUGUAUAAUGCUACUGGUCAAUUAUUUUUAGGAUCUUGAUAUCUAAAAGCUCUUUAAAAUUAUGCCAAAUAAAAUUGUCAUUAAUUUGUUUCUUCUGUUCGUAUUAAAUUAAUCUGCAUUUUACACUAUAUAAUGUGAAAAAAUGGUUAUUGCAACUGGUCGUAACAUGCUAUAUUGUCACAUGCAGUAUCACCUGACAAAACGAGUGACCAGCUAAAUGAAUAGCAAGGAGAAAAAAAUAGGGAUGAAAAGUAAAGGGCAUCUCCAAAAUGCCUUACAGUUGUGUCAAGAAGCAGUUACUCAGAUCAAAAAAUAUGGUUGCUGCUGCUAACAUACAAGAAUUUGCACAUAUCAUUUAAGAAGCCUGCUAAAUUUCCUUCACAGUGUUUCCAAAAUGGCUUAAAGGAGUUCACAAAUCUCUUCCCAAUACAGGCCGCUCUUCCAAACCAGAGUGGAGACCAGGGCCAGAUUAACCUUUUGUGGGCCCCCCCGGAGGCAAUGGAGCAUGGUGUGGGGAGCGAAGGGCCAGCCAGGGGCAAUAGGGCAUGGCAUGGCAGGGGCAGCCCCCUCUACCCAGCCCAGUGGGAGGGCACUAUUUACAAACCAGCAGUUGCCAGAUGCACAGUGGCUGACUAGCCCUGUGCUGCCAGCAUGCCCUUUCCCCUCGGGGGGCAUGCCAUGUUGUCUUGGGGCACAGUACAAGCAGAGCAGUCCAGGUCCCCUUCUGAGCACUGGCCCGGCUCCAUGGCACCAUUGUAAACCCGGCACUGGGGGAGGCCUCCCCAGGGCAUGCCAAGGGGCAGAGGACAUCUAAUACUGUCACCGAUUUAUUCCUUCAUCAGGUACUGACUUGACUUGACAUAGAUUUUAUAGAAUAUAAUACCAACAGGGACCCACACACUGGCUAUUAUUAUGUGUUCACUGAUGAAUAGCUAUAAUUAUUCUACAGCCUUUGCCUUUCUUCCUCCCCAUCUGAAAGUGUUUCUCUCUUCCCUUUUCAGUCUUUGAAGGGGAAAGCGGCUGUAUGGAUCCAGCACCCGGCGAUCACGUUUCUGAUACGGUCGGUUGUCUUCUCUCCGUGCCCAGUCACAAGCCCAUGGGGCCACAUUAGCCUUGGCGUUUGGGGGAGCAGGUGGGCUGAGAAAUCUGUUCAUGCUGAGGGGAUGAAGGGGCGCCCAUCCCCAACUCCCCACCAUUAUUAAAGAAACAGUUUAAUUCUCCUCCAGCCAGUGGCUCCUGCCCCCGUGCCAGUAACAGCCUGGCCCCUCCCCAGUGUCCCGCCUCCUCCUCCGCGCCCACAGCAACAGACUGAGCGGCCUCUGCAAUGUCAGCUCCGCAGAAGCGGGGAACCUGCAGAAACAAGGCAGGGCGGCCGUGGCGCGGGGGCGGCUCCCCCCAAAGCGCUCUCUCCCCCUGUGCCAGGGGACGGUAAACGGAGGGAAGAGCGAAGGGCGCCUUGGGCUGCGAUCGGAGAUUCCCCUGCCCCCCUCGCCCGCCUUCCGUCAGCCCGAACUAGCCCCGUCGGCUGCGGCACACGCAGCGCCCCGAGCCUGGCUGGAGCGGCUUCCGCAACAAAGAGCCGGGGCCAGGAGCUGUCCGGCUGCCGCCGCUGAGAGGGAAACGGGGAGGCAGAGGGGGAUACUCAGGAGCCGAACAGAUCCCAGCGCUCGCAGGGAGAAACCUGCAGCCGGCAGAAUCGAGAGCGAGAUUAACCCAGCAGCUGGAGGAGGAGGGAAAUCUGGUCCCUGAGCAGGUCCAAGGCUAGCGAGGGGAGGGGAGGGGAGGGGAGGGAAGGGGGGGGGACGGGGACGGGGACGGGGACGGGGAAGAGGCAGCGAAGGGUAAAUCCCGCGGGCAGAGCUCGUGGCGUGGCGUGGCGUGGCUCGAUAUUAAGUGCAGGUUAGUAGGGAAGCAGCCGGCCAUCUGCAGGAGAAGCACCUCUCGGGGGGGAGGGAGGGGCGUGGAGAGGGUCCCCCCUUUCGAGGGCGGCUAUGGCCGUAGCGGUGGAGCUCUGGUGACUCCGGGAGCGGCUACAGUGCUGCAAUGCUGCCAGCAGCAGCCCCGGUGAAAGGCGGCGUCUGAGCAGAAGCAGCGUCGCCUCUCCCCAUCGUCUUUCUGUCUCUCCCGCCCUCCGUGCUCCGGCCUCACACGUCUCCGUCGCCCUCGCUCACGCCGAGGAGCGCCCUGCUCUCUGCAGAGGGGCCACGCCGGGGCUCGCCGAGCAGCGGCUGCAGCAGAAACCGCCGAACACAACAUGGCCACUCUGCUCCGGAAAAUCGGGCUCAUCCGACUGCACAACAGGGACACGGAGGAUCCCAAGCACCAUCAUCACCACCACCGCAGCAGCCAGCAGGGCUCCUCGCUCCGAGCCAAGGGCAGCCAGAAGAACAGCAGCAACAAGCAGCAGGGCAGCGCCGGCUGCAGCAGCAGCAGCAGCAGCAGCCCCAGCAAGGAGGGCAGCCCAGCGGGCAACAGGGCCAAGAAAGUGCUGGAGCUCUCCAAGCAGCCGCCGCAGCAGCCUGGCUCGGGAGGCCACAAGGAGAAGCCCCCGCACCACGGCGCCAAGGAGCCCGGCCCGGCCAAGGAGCCCAAGCCGCAGCUGCUGCCGGGGGGGAGCAGCAGCGGCCGGGCCGGCUCUGCCCCGCUGGUGCCGCCCCCGUCGGGCUCUGCCCCCGUGGCGACCCUGGGCAGGCAGCAGCACUGCACGCAGGUGCGGAGCCGGCGGCUGAUGAAGGAGCUGCAGGACAUCGCCCGGCUGAGCGACCGCUUCAUCUCGGUGGAGCUGGUGGACGAGAGCCUGUUCGACUGGAACGUGAAGCUGCACCAGGUGGACAAGGACUCGGUGCUGUGGCAGGACAUGAAGGAGACCAACACCGACUUCAUCCUGCUCAACCUCACCUUCCCCGACAACUUCCCCUUCUCGCCGCCCUUCAUGAGGGUGCUCAGCCCCCGCCUGGAGAACGGCUACGUGCUGGACGGCGGGGCCAUCUGCAUGGAGCUGCUCACCCCUCGCGGCUGGUCCAGCGCCUACACCGUGGAGGCGGUCAUGAGGCAGUUCGCAGCCAGCCUGGUGAAGGGUCAGGGUCGUAUCUGCAGAAAAGCUGGCAAAUCAAAAAAGUCCUUCAGUCGUAAGGAAGCUGAAGCAACAUUUAAGAGUUUAGUGAAGACCCAUGAAAAAUACGGGUGGGUCACUCCUCCCGUUUCUGAUGGCUGAUAUUUGCAACCUACACAUCAAUGCUAAACAAAAC